AUGAAGUUUCUAAUCUUGAUUCUCUUGGUCCUUCAAAUCACCCUGGUUUUAUCUGAAACCAAGGCUCAAAGGGAUGCUGUCAAGGUUGUUAUCGGAUUUUUGAAGUUAUUCACCAAAAAAAAUUCACAAUUUCUGGAUGCGAAUUUCGAAAGAAUUGAUCCAGAUGGUACAAGAAUUGGGAGAGGUACGUUCAAAUUUUUUUAUAAAAUAUAUAAUAUUUUGUUUCUUGCAGCGGCUUUCAUCCAAUUCUUGAACAGAAUUCCUGAUAAAGAAGCUCAAAAACUUGAAAAAAAAGUUCAAGACGCUAAACAACAAUCCGAUUGGUCUUCUUCUUUUGGCACCGUUGAUGCUGAGUUCACAACAGGCAACAUGUUAAAUGUGCGGGUCUACGACAAUGGCGUUCUUAGUGCUAUGUAUUUAGCCAAACCGAGUUCUUUGA